CAGCCAUAUUGGCUUGGCUAUGACUGUCGUGUCAGAGUGAUAGUUGACCGUGAACGUAAAAAAGUGCGGUAGUUUAUUUAUUUUUAUUUAGUUCGUUGUUAAUAAACAAACGCCCCUGUAUGUGUGAUUAUUGAUUAAGCCCAGUACUUCAUAAAAAUGGAAGAGACUAAGAUAAUAUAUCACAUUGAUGACGAGGAAACGCCUUAUUUAGUUAAGCUCACAAUAUCACCGGAGCGUGUGACACUCGCUGACUUUAAAAAUGUAUUGAAUCGUCCGAAUUACAAGUUCUUCUUCAAGUCAAUGGACGAUGACUUUGGUGUUGUCAAGGAAGAGAUAAUCGACGACGAUGCACACCUACCGUGCUUCAAUGGACGUGUUGUCUCUUGGCUGGUAUCGGCUGAGGGUAGCAACGUCUCGGACGGUGCGUCCCAAUGCACGGACUCAGUGGCCCACAGUGAGGCCAAACACGACAGGGUAGAUCACGUGCCACCGGGUAUCACGAGUCGUGGCCCACCGGCACUAUCGCACGACGAUACACUGACUGAAACUGAAAGUAUUAUAAGCAGCAGACAGGGUCACCAUUUGCACAAAAAUUCGAAGCAUCAUUCGGAUAAAUAUGAAAAAUAUAAUAAGUACAACGGACUGCGCAUUAACGGCCACUCAAAGCACCGUUCUGGUCACGGAUACGAGACUGCCUCAAUCCUAUCCUCCGAUUUGGAAACAACAACUUUUUUGGAGUCUGAUGACGAUGCCAGCAGUCGUAUAACAUCAACAACUGGUCGACACACAAACAUGAGUAGUACGAUCGAACGUGCCACCCUAGAUCGUCGCAGACCGCAGAGACGACGACGGCACAGAUUACCUCCGAUGUCACGUACAUCAUCAUUCAGCAGUAUCACAGACAGUACAAUGUCACUAAACAUAAUAACAGUAUCAUUGAACAUGGAUACUGUCAAUUUCCUCGGGAUUAGUAUUGUGGGGCAGAGCAAUAGCGGUGGUGAUGGUGGUAUAUACGUUGGCUCCAUUAUGAAGGGGGGUGCGGUGGCUCUCGAUGGGAGGAUAGAGCCCGGAGAUAUGAUUCUCCAGGUGAACGACAUUAAUUUCGAGAAUAUGUCGAAUGAUGAGGCAGUCAGGGUAUUACGGGAAGUUGUUCAGAAGCCAGGGCCUAUUAAAUUAGUAGUAGCCAAGUGUUGGGAUCCAAAUCCAAAGGGUUAUUUCACCAUUCCACGCACGGAACCAGUGCGCCCAAUCGAUCCGGGGGCUUGGGUGGCUCAUACAGCUGCUAUUCGUGGGGAGGGCUUUCCUCCACGUCCACCCAGUGCCACGACCCUCACAUCCACAUCCAGCAGUCUUGCCAGUACACUUCCGGAUACAGAACGUAAGGAUUUUUCUUUGGGCCCCCUGGAAGAAUUACGCCUGAGUAUCAAUACAGACAUGCCCACGAUAGUCCGAGCAAUGGCGCGACCCGACUCUGGCUUGGAGAUUAGGGAUCGUAUGUGGCUGAAAAUAACAAUUCCAAACGCAUUUAUCGGUGCAGACGUCGUAGACUGGUUGAAUACCCACGUUGAAGGUUUUAUCGAUCGUCGUGAUGCACGAAAGUAUGCAUCGUUGAUGCUGAAAGCCGGCUUCAUCAGGCACACCGUUAAUAAGAUAACAUUUUCGGAACAAUGCUAUUAUAUUUUCGGUGAUUUGUGCUCGACAAUGGCCAAUAUGAAAUUGGAUAGUGAUACUGUUGCACCCCUACCACCACCAGGAUGGGAUGUAAUGUAUUCAGGACCCUAUGCCCCACACUCAGCUGCUGGCUACAGCCCCAUGCCAUUCAAUUUCACUAAUGAACCGACAGUCUAUGGAUAUCAUCGUGAAGAAAGUGUUCACAGUGAGUCAGGUGGAAGUAGUGCUGGCAGUGAACACAUCUGCAAAGAGCCAAUUCACGAUUUGAAAUCGUGUUCAUCAGCGUCGGAAACAGACUUACAUAUGCCACCAAAUGUGCCCAGUAAGAAUUCAGGGAAUGGCAAUGGAUCCAAUGGAAAAAGAUCAAAUGGCAGUCGUAGUCGAUCAAGUGGUUCUGAGCAGUCUGUACAAACGGGAACUGGCUCUACUAAUCAGCAGAAUCAGCAAGAUAUAUCCGGAUUGUCUACGACAAUGGGGCAGCUAUUUCUUUAAAAAAACAAAAGUCUAUAAUGCCAACGGGAGAUUAUUUCAAGUGAAAACGAAUUUAAUCACCUGCCUCCUGUUCCAAAAAUACAGAAAAGAAAAUAAUAAAACGAUUCAUUUUUCUUUCCACUCGGCUACUACAUAUUUGAGCAGUCAUAACGAGCUAAUAGGUAUAAGCAUGUAAUGCUUUACUGAUAGAAUCGUUAACGGGGUACGUAAGGUUAAUUAUUGUAGAGAAUUAUAAUUAUAUAAUACUCGUAUAUAGAGUCGUCAUUAGGAACGUGCCAAACGUGGUGUUUUAUUAUUCAAACUGCUGUAUACAGAAUGGCAUACUUUUUAAUGGAACACAAGAAGAAUGAACGAGAAUUAUGUAAAUAUAAACGUAACGAAGAAAUCAACAAACAGAAAACAAAAAAAAUAACGCUCAAAAUUAAAAAUGAAAAAAAGAAUGAUAACAAAAAAAAGUGCCAUCAAAGAAUUUCGUAUUCGACGCGAAUAACACUGAUUUUUUCUAUGUCGCCUGGAAACAAUUUUUAUCGAAUAUUUAUACAAAAAGUAUUGACAAAAAUCAACAAAAAAAGUGGGAAAAUUGUGGGAGAAGCACUGAAUGUUUCAGGAUGUACGGACUGCGUCAUUGUUAUUCCGUUGGUUUUUUUUAAUUAUUAUCAGUUAUCUGAUACUUAAUAUUAAGUCGCUUCACGAGACGUUUUAAUUGUUAUAUUAACAAAACGAACGAAAACUAAUUUCUAGUUGUUUACAUCAUACCGUUAGUUUUGGUGAAAGACUAAGAAAUUAAUUAUGUGAGAUUGAAAAAAUUCAAAACAAGGUAUAAACUGUAAUCUUAGGUUUUAACUGUAUUUCAAGGUAUACAGAGAUUUUGCUAUUAUUGUAAGAUAUCGAAGAAGUUAUUAUUUCAAUGUACAAAAAUUGUUUUUUUUUUACAAAUUUUCAUUUAGUGAAACGCAUCGAUGGUGUUAAGUAAACGAAAGAUUAAGCGGAAAACGAUGAAUGCCCUGUAAUGUCGUACAAUACAAUUUUUAGAAAUUAUUACUUGACAAAAAAAUGUGUUGCCUUGAAU